AUGUUGCUCAACCGCCAGGCUUUCGUGUCGGGCGCGGUGGUCUUCGCUUUCGUUCUUUGUUGUUGUUUCGUCGCGGCCGAGGGCAACGACUUCACCCUCUUCAAGAUCGAAGAGGCCACCACACGCGACGCCGUGUGCAGCGAUGGGUCGGCCGCGGGCUACUACUUCCGGCCGGGGUCGGGGUCGGGCCAGCAGGUCUGGCACUUCCACCUCAUGGGCGGGUUCUGGUGCUGGGACGCGGAGUCGUGCGCCGAGCGGCAGAAGCGGGCGCCGUACCUGAUCUCCCUCGCCGGGUACAAGGAGCAGUGGUCCGGUCCCGUGGGCAUCUUCGCCCAGAACGAGACCACCAACCCGCUCUUCCACAACGUCAACCACGUCUACGUCCUGUAUUGCUCGAGCGAUGCGUGGAGCGGCGACGCGUCAAAGACCCAAUCCAACAUCUUUCACUUCCGGGGCAAGAAGAUCGUCAAGGCUGUGCUCGAGGACGUGUACAAGUACCGUGGCCUGCGCGAGUCGAGCGAUCAGCGCCAAAUUCUCUUCUCCGGAUGCUCGGCCGGCGGUGUCGGCGUCGUCGUGAACGCCAACUUUGUGCAAGCGACGCUGCGCGACCUGCUCAAGAACAAUGCCACGCGCGUGCUCAGCCUGGCUGAUGCGGGCAUCAUGUUCGACUAUCCGCUCUAUCCCGAGCACCUGCCGUUGGACCACGUCUUCGACACGACCAUCAUUCCGGCUCUGGAACAGUUCACCAAGGGUUUCCCCCUGUGGAACGGCCAACUCGACAGCUCCUGCACGGCCGCCUACCCCAAGCAGCCGGAGAAGUGCUAUUUUGGCCAGUACGCGUACUCGUUCAUCGACACUCCUAUGCUGGUCAACCAGCAGCAGUACGACGCCUGGCAGCUCGACUGGAACAUCGGCUACGUGCCGGCGCAGUACAACAGCAGCAUGGAGACCUACGCCAACAACUACCGGCUGAACACGGUGGAGGUGCUGGCCGUCAUGACCAAGAAGCAGCACACCAUCUUCUCGGGCAUGUGCUUCAGCCACUGCAGCACGGAUAACAACAACUGGGCCAACCUGCGCCUGAGCGAUGACACGGACACCUCCCUGGCAGCUGUGUUUGGACCGUGGUGGGAAGCCCAGGGAACAGCGGCGCCCCAGUUCUACUUUGACCACUGUGGCAGCUUCAAUUGCAGUAUUGGCUGCCCUGCCCCUGAGUUCUGA